CUUUCUGACUACUGAAAUUUCUUAAAUUACUACGUCAAAGAUUUUUUUAAAGGUCUCAUUUAAGUUGUCGUGUUCUCUCAUGAUUCCACUUCUUCUUCUUCUUCUUCUUCUUCAAGAUGAUGAGACAUGAGUUUUUGAGAUAGAAGGAAGAGCUUUAAGAAUCCCUUUGGUGUCCAACUCGGAACUUCUUGGCUUUACGUCCGAUCUUGUCGCUAGAGCCUUCUUUCUUUCUUUCAUGGUUUUAGCGACAUAAGUUGGCCAGACCCAAGAACCCAUCAGAAGUUGAGGGAAGUAUGAAUUCAACAACAACACACUUUGUGCCACCGAGAAGAGUUGGUAUAUACGAGCCUCUCCAUCAGUUUGGUAUGUGGGGAGAAACUUUCAAGAACAAUAUUGGCAAUGGGGGAGACAUGAACAGUCCUAGCCACAUUAUUAUACCGAAUUAUCAACAAAUAGAGAAUAACAACUUGUCAGAGGAUACUUCCCAUGGAACAGGAGGAACUCCACACAUGUUUGAUCAAGAAGCUUCCACGUCCAGACAUCCUGAUAAGAUACAGAGAAGGCUUGCACAAAACCGUGAGGCUGCUAAGAAAAGUCGCUUGCGGAAGAAGGCUUAUGUUCAGCAUCUAGAAACAAGCCGGUUAAAAUUAAUACAUUUAGAGCAAGAACUGGACCGUGCUAGACAACAGGGUUUCUACGUUGGGAAUGGCAUAGAUACUAACUCUAUCGGUUUCUCAGAACCCAUGAAUCCAGGGAUUGCUACGUUUGAGAUGGAGUAUGGACAUUGGAUUCAAGAACAGAACAACCAGAUAUGUGAACUAAGGACUGUUUUGCAAGGACAAGUUAGCGAUGUGGAGCUCCGUUUGCUAGUUGAAACAGCAAUGAAACAUUACUUUGAUCUUUUCCGGAUGAAGUCAGCAGCUGCCAAAGAAGAUGUGUUCUUCGUCAUGUCAGGGAUGUGGAGAACUUCUGCAGAACGGUUUUUCCUGUGGAUAGGCGGGUUUCGACCCUCGGAUCUUCUCAAGGUUCUUUUGCCACAUUUUGAUGUCAUGACGGAUCAACAGAUACUAGAUGUUUGCAAUCUAAGACAAUCAUGCCAACAAGCUGAAGACGCUUUGUCUCAAGGUAUGGAGAAGCUACAACACACGCUUGCGGAUUGCGUUGCAGGUGGAAGACUUGGUGAAGGAAGUUACAUUCCUCAGGUGAAUUCUGCUAUGGAGAGAUUAGAAGCUUUAGUCAGUUUUGUAAAUCAGGCUGAUCACUUGAGACACGAGGCGUUGCAACAAAUGAAUAGGAUCUUGACCACACGACAAGCGGCUCGAGGGUUAUUGGCUCUUGGUGAGUAUUUUCAACGGCUUAGAGCCUUGAGUUCGAGUUGGGCAACUAGAGACCGUGAACAAACAUAGGAUUUGAGUUUUUAGAAACAAAAAAAACAAGAAAAGACCAACAAGAAGAAUCAAGAAUGAAAAAGAAUGAAGA